AUGAUGAUGGAUAAUGGAACACAUCAUUCAGUUGUUCAAUUAAAUACAACAAAUUCACAGAAUAUGACUACCAUUCAACAACAACAUAAUGAAAGUAGAGUAUCAAGUGAACCUGAUCAUUUUCUUACAAUUCGAUUACUUAUGCAAGGCAAAGAAGUCGGUAGCAUCAUUGGAAAACGUGGUGAUAACAUAAAAGCCAUUCGAGAAGAAAGUGGCGCUCGUAUUAAUAUUAGUGAUGGAACAACACCAGAACGUAUUGUUACAAUGGUUGGUACUAUAGAAACAUUAGCAAAAGCCUUUGGAAUGAUUUGUCAAAAAUUUGAAGAUGAUUUAAAACAAACAUGUACAACUAUUCCUCCAAUUACAUUACGUCUUGUUGUACCAGCAAGUCAAUGUGGUUCAAUUAUUGGUAAAGGUGGUGCAAAAAUAAAAGAAAUUCGAGAGACAACAGGAGCAUCUGUACAAGUUGCUUCCGAAAUGUUGCCAUCAUCAACAGAACGCGCUGUAACUAUAUCAGGAAAACUUGAGUCGAUUGAAUCAUGUUUCCGACAAAUAUGUCAUAUUAUGCUUGAACAGUCGCCACCCAAAGGUGAAACAAUCCCAUAUCGACCUAAAAUGAUGAUAUCACCCAUGCAUGCACCUAUCAUUUUUGCUAAUGGACAAGCUUAUCAAGUCCAAGGUCAAUUUGCGAUUCCCUUGCCACCAAAUGAAUUAAAUGCAUUCGGUCCAUUGGCUCCUCUUGCACCGGGUGUGCCUGUACCAGCUGCAGCAUCCUUAAUACCAAAUGGUCUUCCACCAAAUCGUGCUACUUUACAGACACAACGGGAGAUAACUAUUGCUAAUGAUCUCAUUGGUUGUAUUAUUGGUCGAGGUGGACAAAAGAUUUCUGAGAUCAGACAAGCAUCUGGAGCUAACAUCAAAAUAGCCGAUUUAGAUGAAGGUUCACAAGAUAGACAUGUUACUAUUUCUGGUACACCUGAACAAAUACAAUUGGCUGAAUUUUUAAUUCAUUCAAGAAUUGCUUCUGAAAUUGGUGGAAUUCUAAUUACUCAUUAA